GAACGUGCCCUUACCUACAGCCAGUGCUCUGAGCUACCAGCGUCAGGAUAAGCCUUCCACAUGCACUUCAUUUGCUUACAUGGCCUACAGUUCCCUAAGAGGAAGCUCACAAUUUACAUCCCAGCCAAAAAGGAGGAUGAGUGGGUCCGCUCUGCCACUGGGAAGAAGAAGAGGAAGAAGAAGGAGGCAUAUUUUAAUUACAUGGGGAAACUCUUAAAGCAAGUCCACCCAGACUUCAGUGGGUGCUCCUGGAUCUUGGAUGCCCUGAGAGUGCUGGAGGAUUGGCAGCUGGAAUGGGUUAGCCUGGAGGCGGUCAGAUUGUCCCUCUACAACCACAGAAGAACCAUCACCAGCAGAGAGAUCCUCGAAGCAGUCAAGCAGAGAUGCUCUCAGAGGAGCUUGGGAAUAAAUGAAGUGGAUCUCCAUGGCUCUGUUGUUGAAAUGAUUGCACUCGUCCAAAAACAAAAAAUUGGGUCUUUUGGAGGGUUGAGUUGAAAGACAAAGUAUCUGAAAAGUACCCACUGAAGCAGGGGUCUUGGUGUGACACACUUGUCUCUGAUCUUGUGUUUUUAGCCCCUGAUUUAAGCUGUGGGGGAAAAAAAAUAAAGGAAAGGCACUUGC